AUGGCACCCGCUGCUAUAGAUGGUCGGCCCGACGCUAUUACACGCUCUUAUGCGGCUUCCGCUUAUUACCAGCCCGUUGCACAUCGCCCAAAUUUGAUUGUCCUGACUGGAGCCGAGGUGACGCGGAUUGCAUUCACAGAGGCCAAGGAGGGGGCUACUGCGACUACAGUUGCUGUGUUAAUUGAGGACAAGGCUGGGCGGAAAGCUCAUUCGAUAAAGGUGAAGCCCGGUGCAGAGGUCAUUUCUUGCGCAGGGACUAUCAAGACACCACAGCUGCUUGAGCUCAGUGGGGUUGGUGAUCCUGCCAUCCUUUCUUCUCUUGGGAUCAAGACUGUGGUUAAUCUGCCAGGAGUAGGAGAAGGUGUUAUUGAUCAGGUAUUCUUUGGUGUUAGUUAUGAGCUUGCUAAUAGCUCCAUUGUUACCCUCGAUGACCUCCGUAACCCAAAAUUCCUUACAUCUGCACUAGCUGAAUAUGCUGCAAAUAAGACUGGUAUCAUGACUAUUGGAGUUACAGGCUUUGCCCUUGUACCACUCCAAACAAUAACUGGGCCAAGAGAUGCCACCAGGCUCACUAACGUGCAAGCCGCACAAAUUGCUGUCGGCAACAGCAGUGCUGCACAGAAGGAGAAGUGGGACACUAUCAUCCAUGGGCUACGUGACCCUGCCCAUCGAGGGCUUGUGGAGAUGGUUGCAUUCCCAGGCUUCUUUACCACUGCCAGUGCACCUGUUGCCGGCAAGAAAUACCUCACAUUCACUGGCAAUCUCCACUUCCCCUUCUCAACAGGCAGUAUUCAUAUCACUUCAAGUGACCCAACAGUCCCACCUGUUAUUGACCCCAGGUACUAUGAGCAGGACUUUGGUCAAUUUCUAUCCUAUUGUUUUUGGGUGCUUAAUUCAGUUGCUGGCCCAGAUUUAGAAGUGCUUGUAUAUACUCUCAAAUUCAUCCGCAAGUUGGCAAAGACUGGGGGUUUCAAAGCAAUUCUUGGAGCUGAAAUUGAUCCAGGCCUCAGAGUCCAAUCUGACCCAGAUAUCCAAGGUAUAUACAUCAAGAAAUAA